AUGAAUCAGGUCAAACACAGAAUUUAUUGUGAUCUGUUGGACGGGGAAUUACCUUUAUUAUUCUACAGAAAUGCUCUUUCGCUUGAGAACCGCUACACUGACAAGAGUACUCCAGUUCAGCUUUGCUACCCUGACAUGAGCAUCACUCUUGGAUUCCAUCCCCAUAGUUUUAAUCUUUAUCAACAGUUAAAUCUUGAUGCUGAAGGCGAAGGCAUUUUUGAGCGUCCUUCCUUAAUUGUUUCCACUGAAUGUAAGGACUUUAACAACAUUCGUGCAGAUGUUUAUCGUUGGGGAAUUAUAUAUGUAAUAUGCACAUCUUUAUUGCUAAUGUAUAUAUUGAAGAUUAUUAUGGAGAAUCAAGUGUAUGUGAACGAUAUUAUUGGUAUUAAAAUUAACAAAUCAGCUUUUCAUAUCGUAUGUUUAUUAGUGUCACUUUCUCCAUUACUAGCGGUGAUUGAAAGAUGCCCAUUUUUUAUGUUUAUAUAUAAAGCUCUGUUUCCUUCAAUACUUAUCAUUAUACUUUUAUUUUUUCUUAAUGAAGUAUGGGACUUAUUAUUUAUACUCCUACUUUCAAUAGCUAGGUUAUCUAUUUCAUCUAUUCAGUACAAAAUGGUAAGUUCACUGUUUUCGUGA